AUGGAUGUGAAGAAUCAAACCUUCUUAAGUUUCACUCUUCUUGGGCUCUCAGAGAAGCCAAAUCUCCGAAUGCCCCUUUUCUCUUUUUUCAUGGGCGCCUACAUCAUCUGUAUUGUGGGCAAUGUCCUAAUCCUUCUGCUCAUCUCAACCCAGUCUCAGCUCCACACCCCAAUGUACUUCUUGUUGGGGAAUCUUUCCUUCGUAGAUGUUCUUCUGACGUCUAUCACCGUCCCCCGGACUCUUUAUAGCCUCCUCUCCCAGGACUUGUCCAUCUCAUUUCAUGGUUGUUUCAUUCAGCUCUUCCUGUUCCACAUGGUGGGUAACAUGGACAGCUUUUUGCUGGCCAUCAUGGCCUUAGACAGAUAUGCUGCAGUCUGUCAGCCGUUGCAUUAUACGACCAUCAUGAGCAAGAAGAAGUGCAUCCGUCUGUUGACUUUGUCAUGGGCUAUAGUGAGCCUUCACUCUACCUUGUUCACCGCCAUGACCUCUACUCUUCCCUACUGCAGUUGGGUCAUCCACCAUUAUUUCUGUGAUGUCCCAGCCAUGCUCUCACUCUCCUGUAAAGACACAUCUGCUCAGCGAAUGACUGUCUUCAUUGAAGGCUCACUAAUAGUCAUGGGGCCCAUGCUGUUUAUCCUGGGCUCCUAUGUUCUCAUCAUUAGAGCUGUUUGGAAACUGCAUACGUCUAAAGGCUACCGCCGAACCUUCUCCACAUGUUCCUCACACUUAACUGUUGUCAUCCUUUUCUACAGCUCAGUUAUUUUCAUGUACUUUCGCCCAAGUUCCCUCUAUUCCGUAGCCUACGAUCGGAUCAUAAGUGUGGUGUACAGCAUCAUAACACCAAUGCUCAACCCAUUUAUAUAUACGCUGAGAAACAAGGAAGUCAAGAACGCUGUGAAGAAGGUGAUACAAUGGGGCAGGAAGGAUGGUCACAAAUGGAUGAAGAAGCAGAAGACUGAGAAUAUUCUUGUGUAA